GAGAAGGAAGGAAGAGAAACGCAGCGUCGUGUCGUGGCUAGGGUUUUGGCGUCCGGAACCGCAGGCAGCCAUCCAGUUCUUUGCGGCGAGGACGAGACACGUUGUGGGGCUAGUAGGCGGCGCCUGAGGCUUCGGCGGCCCUAGUCUCUUCUCUCGGCAGGGCACAGAUGGCGUCCGGCGGUCCGGCGCUCGAGCCGCUCGUCGACCAGGUCAUCUCCGUCAUCACCAACGAUGGCCGCAACAUUGUGGGUACGCUCAGGGGAUUCGAUCAGGCCACCAACAUUAUCCUCGACGAGUCCCACGAGAGGGUCUAUUCUAGAAAGGAGGGAGUCCAACAACUUGUUCUUGGUCUGUACAUUAUCAGGGGUGACAACAUAAGCGUUGUGGGCGAGGUUGACGAAGAUCUGGAUUCAAGAUUGGAUAUGUCGAAGCUAAGGGCACAUCCACUGAAGCCUGUUAUCCACUGAGGUCCGUCCGAGUGUGUGUUUUGGGUACCCUGUGGACUGGAUGAGUCAUUGUUGCAUGCGGGAUGUAGCAUCGUCAUCAUCAUGAAGAGACAGGGGGACUGAUGAGUAAUAUGAACAUGUAUCUUGCGUAUUGUGAAUCAAUGAAUAUGUGUUGGCUGUUUGGGCUGCUUGCCUACGCAUUCGAUCUGUAAGAUAUAUACUAAGAUUGCAGUUGCCUCUUUUUUUU